UGUCUUUAGUUUGUUGGUUUUGCUUCCCCAUAUGUCAAGAUUGCUUUCUCGUUCCUGCACAGCGGCACCUAAAUGGGUUCGGACUACCUUCACUAUGCCCCUUCCCAAGAAGUUAAACGAGAUCGUAAGAUUGCCGCUGUUCGAGCGUGAGGAUCCAGUCAAGAUAAGAUCGAUGUGGUUGGAGCACAUCAAUGAGAAGUCUCGGUCGAUCGGUGCAGUUAUGGCCAAACCAGAGUGGGAUAUUUUCCAUAAAAAUGCGUUGGCGUGCCCUAUGUUCAUCAUACCAGUACAGAAACCCGAAGGCUAUUUCAAUAUGGUGUCCCAAAUACAGGAUGGGAAAUACUGUCUUAUGACAUUCCUCGAUCACUUCCGAAGCAACCCGACAGACGCUCAUCCUUUCAUGGUGAUGAAUUUCUAUGAUGAUUUGCUCAAGUCUAAAGGCUUGACACUUUUGCGAGCCGAUUUGGUGGCACCGGACUUGUCGAAAUCGGAAGGGGAAGCGGUCGUUAGAAUGCUGAGAGAAUUUUAUGGUCAGCCAACACUUUUCAAGAAGUGGGUUGAAACUUUCAAUCUGAGACCGAGAGAGUUUGACUUUGGGGAGUUCACUAGAGCAAACGAUAGUUUCAUACGUGAGAUCUUCGGGAAGGCAGUGAGCGAGAGGAUCCGGCAGCAAACAGAAAAUGCACCACAGAUGUCGAUACCAACACGUUCCUAGUCUACA